AUGACGCUUGUGAAGUCAAUGACCAAGUAUUUAGCGACGCAUUUGAAGUCCUUUCAUAAGCGCGGUGUUAAAAGAGUGACGCUGGAGAAGCGAAUUCUCGGGCUAUUCUUCACAAAGAAAAAUAUCAAAAUCAAGCCUCCGAAAAAGGAAUACUUACGCUGCAAAGUCAUCAGAGGACACAAGAGGAUUAACAGGCAAAUCCAAAGGUCGACUGCCCCAGUACGAACCUUAAACAAGUGCGCCGAAUCAAACACUUUUUCUAUGGUAAUUUGGGAAGUGAUGAAAAAGCAUUAUAGCUCAUGCACAAUAAUAAUAUAUAUAGCCAAGCAGCAUUCCGAACAGAAAAGAUAUGAACCAGAGCACUUCUCUUAUACAGUCUAUACCUAAUUAGGCAUCUUAAAACCCUAAAAGAAGAUUUGUCGUUUUUAUUUUUACUUUUCAAAAAAAUUGACAAUUACAAGUUUUUUUAGAAAUUAAAAUGGAGGCCAAUAAUGAUCUGGUAAAAUGCAGGAGCUAUAUUUCAGCAAUGAAGGUGAGCUCGAGCUGGUCAGCAAGACAGAGAGUGGACCCAAGACUGAUGGGAGAAGCAAAAGGACUGCAAAAGAGCAAGCAUCCCAAAAUAGCUACAACUCGUUAUUCUGCAGAGAAUACUUUCAAUCAGCAGCAGUCAGACAAUCGUUCUUUUAUUAUGUCGAGUACUUAUUUUCGUAUCUUAAUCCCGAAGAUUUAUGUGAAAAAUUUGACCUAACUGCUCCAGCCAAAUGUGACAAUUUUUUUGUCGAUCUUAAAAAAAAAAUUAUUUAUAUUUCUUUUUUUGGCAGUUUGACAAUAAAAUAAUAAUUUUUGAAACUCGCUCCUGGAGGAAGGAUUAAGAUGUUGCAAAAAUGAGCAUGACGGAAAAUGCAUUCAAAAGUGACUCAUUUUGAAGAAGUACCUUACUCCCCCUCUAUGAGUGAAAAAAAAAUUGUUAGCACACGGAGGGGAGUUAAUUUUUUUUGUGAAUUUAAAAAAAUUCCAUUUCGAAAAAAAUUUGGAAAGCAAAUAUUUAUUUAAUUUGCAAAAUUUAUGUUUUAUAGUGCAAACUGCUUAAAAUUAAGCAGAAUUAGCUAGAGAUUUCAUGAUAAUAAUUAUCACUUAUAUAUAUAUUUGUUCACUCAUGGAGUGGGGAGGAGUUAGCUAUCAUAUGAUUGAAGACCUCGGCUUGGAACCCUAUCUUCCUAUUCAGGAAGAAGACUAUUUUUUACCAAUGCUGAUGGAUUUGGAAAAUAGCGACGAUUAA